CUGCAUUGUUAGUUAGGCUUUAAUUGUAUUUUGAAAAUGAAGAGUCUGUUGAUCUUUUUUUGUGUUUUCGCUUUCGGGGCGGAGGGGUUCUUCCUCAUGAGCAGCGUGCGCGGACGCGGCGACGUCGCGCAGCCUACUGAACCAGCCAACUCAAUGUACACACCUCUCCCCUACGAUCCAGUGCUAAGAAAGAUAGACGAUGGACCUAGAUACCAACACAUUGAAGGUCCAGACGGAACCCUGCACUUGGAAGAUCUGUGGGUGAAAGCCAGCGACCUCGCUGAAGCAGCCAAAUACAACCCUGACAGACAAAAUGUCUAUCAUUUGUACACAAGACUGAACCCAACUGUUAGUCAGCCUAUGCUGAUCGGUAACGAAGGUCUUCUAGGUCUGAACAACUACAAUCCAGCCAGAAGAACCAUCAUACUCCUGCACGGAUGGAGAGCAGACGCUACUUCUGAUUUUAACAGGGUCCUUGUACCAGCGUUCCUGUCAGCGGAAGAUGUUAACGUGAUCGUUGUGGACUGGAGCGCUGGCGCUGGCUCCAUCAACUACGCAACCGCCGUCACCAAUACUGUUCCUUCUGGUGAAAGCGUGGCUCGUUUCAUCGACUGGCUAAACACAGUCACUGGUGCAGUUCCGAGCAUGUACCAUAUUGUGGGACACAGUAUUGGGGCUCACAAGGCUGGUAUUAUUGGCAGAAAUCUUGGUGGAAGAAUUGGAUAUAUCACUGUCGGCACGCGCCUGCCACCAUUUUGGCCGGAAGAGCCAGAAGUUUGGUUCGGACAAGUGGAAGGUCAAUUCGCGAUAUCAGGAAUCACCAGCGACUCAACCAAAUUCCACUACGUGAUCAGUCAGCUGGAUACCCAGUACGCGAGGGAAGUAAAAGACCUUAUUAUCAGUCCGCCUACAUCAAAUAAGUACGACAAACUUAAAGUCGAAUUAAUUAAGCGACUGACGGCGUCUAAGGAGAAAAAGCUUAAGCAGCUCUUAAUGCACGAGGAGCUCGGAGACAGAAAGCCCUCUCAAUUUCUCCGUCACCUCAAAAGUCUCGCUGGCGUGAACGUUCCCGACGAUUUUUUAAAGACGAUCUGGAUAAGUCGCCUCUCUCACGGGAUCCAGACGGUGCUAGCAGGCCAGCCACCAACAGCCACCAUAGAGGACUUGGCAGACUUGGCUGACCGCAUACAGGAGUUGGCCGCACCUUCACCAUCUGUGGCUUCUACGAGCGCAGCCAGUCCCAACUCUGCCCUGGAUGUUCUCGUCAGAGAAGUCGCCGAGCUUCGGAGGCAGGUCCAACAACUCACAUUGGAAGCAGCUUUCCCCGGUUGGAUCACCCACAGUGAGAAGUUCAGAAGUACUGAUGGAGCGUACACCGAAGUCAUACACACGAACGCUGGAGUCCUCGGGUACAUCACGCCACUAGGGCAUGUAGACUUCUACCCCAAUGGCGGGGUUGGCAUGCCUGGGUGUGAUUCUCAGGAGUGCGACCAUGCUAGGUCAUAUUUCUACCUAGCUGAGUCCUUGACCUCCGGUGGAUUCACAGGCAGACGUUGUGCCUCUUACCUCACAGCUAUGACUGGCAACUGCGUACUUCUUGGUAGAUUGAGGAUGGGUGGACUAGUGCCAAAGACUGGGUACAAGAGAUCAGAAACGAAACAAUCCAACAGAUUACGAAUACAUCACAGAAAGAGUAGCGAUAAUGUGCUCAUGGACUUAUGGACCAGGGCCAGCGAUUUGGAUGAAGCCUCCACUUAUAACCCUGAAGAGAUGAAUACAUACCAUCUGUUUACAAGAGAAAAUCCAACGCUAAGUCAACCGCUUCUGCCGAACAAUGAAAUUUGGUUGGAGACGACCAACUACAAUGCUAGUAAAAGAACAAUUGUCCUUAUACAUGGAUGGCUGGACAGUGUCAAUUCCGAUUUCGUUACUGUUUUAGUACAAGCCAUACUACAGGCACAGGACGCCAACGUAAUUGCUGUAGAUUGGAGUCCCGGGUCAGGCACGAUCAAUUAUCCUGUUGCUGUACUUAAUACUCCUAUAUCUGCGCAUGCAGUGGCCAAGUUUCUAGCGUGGUUGAAUAAUGUGAGUGGAUCCCGAUUGGAAGAUUACCAUAUUAUAGGACACGGGCUGGGCGCCCAUCAAGCGGGCAUCGUCGGGAGGCUCCUUGGCGGAUGGGUGGGAUAUAUUACUGCUUUAGACCCAGCAUUUCCAGGUUGGGUGACCAACGAAGACAGAUUUAAACCCACAGACGGAAUGUACACGGAAGCGAUACAUACGAACGCAGGCCUCUUAGGCUAUUUAAGUCCGGUAGCUGACGUAGACUUCUACCCCAAUGGGGGAAUCGACAUGCCUGGAUGUUACAGCCAGGAAUGUGAUCACAAUAGAUCAUAUCACUAUUUUGCUGAAUCGAUCAAGAAUGGAGGUUUUGUCGGCAACCGGUGUUACACAUAUGGAUCUGCCAUGUCCGGACAUUGCUAUUUAGGAGGAAAACUCAAAAUGGGAGGGAUCAACUCCAAACCAGGGCAAACGGGUGUCUUUUUCCUUCGGACAAAUGCGGGUCCACCAUUCUCCCGCGAUUAACACUACAAAAACCUUAAGCCCACAGACUAUAAAUAAUAUAUCAAUCUGUAAUUUU